AUGUCCAGGGCAGCCUCAGAAAACCCGUGCUUGCGUGUGAGCGGUUUGUGUGCUUGUGACAUCAGUCAAAAAGCAGGGGCUGCAGACGUCCGGCUCGCCCCCCGAUCGCGCACUCCGGGAGGGGCAGGUCUGGUGCAGAGUCCCCCUCCGAUCCGUGGGACAAAGGCGCAGGGCCCGCUUGAAAGAUGUGAAUUCAGUGGCUUUUGUGCCCAAAGCGCAGAGACACGCAGAGUGAGAAAUCUGACCUUUGCCGACGGUCGGAUUGUGUUUGUGAAGCCCUCACCGCGGCGAUGGCAGUUCAGGGCAACGGGGAAGAGAUGGAGUGGGCGCGAGCAGCAUGGGGCAGAGGGACAGGGGUGGGGGAGUGUGGGGGGUGACUGGUGGAGGUACAGGUGGGGGGUGUGGACAGACAUGAGAGUCACACUUGAGAUCAAGUUUAAGCGUCAUGAGCUUAUACUUUUUUGUAUGAACGGAAAAAAAUGUGACUAA